AAAGGUCAGUUUAACCCCUCCCUCCCCCUCCUCUCUUCCAAAGGUUGGGCCUUUCCCUUCUAUUCUCUCACGCUUUGAUUCCUCCAAUCCCGCAUCUGGCCGCGCUGACCGCCGCGAAUCCAACCCGUUCGGUGGAUUCCCGAUCGCAGAGCGCAGAGUCGAUCUAUGGAAGCUCCUUCACGAGCAACUCGUUGGUAAAAUGAGAGCUUUUUCGAGCUCCGGGCUGCCAAGUUUGGUGCUUCUCUAGCUGGUCCCGUUGCCAUUAGGGUUUGGAUCCCGCUGGAUCGGAAUUCGUGUUUCCGGCCAGGUUUUUGGAGGAGUUCGAGCUUGAGUUCUUUGCUCACGGGCGUGGGCCUUUCUUUUCCGGCUUAACCUAGGGUUUAUGCCCCAGAUAUGAGAUUUUGGCCUGCAUUGUUCUGGUCGAGCGGUAGGAUAUUGGUUUUAGCUCAUUUACUUGUAGAGGGAAAAGCAAUACCCUCACUUUGAAUUGGGAUAGAGGAUAUAGAGAACCAAAGGAGAACCCUAAUUCUGUUGAUCUGGUGAAUUGUAUGGCUGCCUUGCAUUGAGAGAUGCUGCCACCCACCGCCCGGAUUAAUCUCAGCAGCCUCAAGUCCCAGAUAGCCAAGAAGCUCGGCCCCAAGCGAGCCCAGCAGUAUUUUGGUUACCUGAAACAGUUGCUGGCGCAGAAGCUGAGCAAGCUAGAGUUCAACAAGUUCUGCCUUCUGAUCCUCGGACGCGAGAACAUCCCAUUGCACAACCAGCUCAUCCGCUCGAUCUUUAAGAAUGCGUUUAAUGCCAGGACCCCAGCCCAUGUUAAGGUCACCACGAAGCCCAUUGGAAGUACAGGGAAGAUAUCCCCUCAAGGAGAUGGUAGAAUCAAUGGGAAACCUGCUUCUUCAACUCCACUGCCGACUAUUUGGUCCAACGGGGACAUCUUGCCACCAUCACCUCGCAAGGUCAGGUCCUGCAUUCGAGACUGGAGGAUCAAAGACCGCCCAAGUCCUCUUGGACCUAGUGGGAGCGCAGAUGUUGCAGCUCACCAAUCUUUAUUACCUUUUGAUGAAGAAACCAUCAGGGUGAAUGGCGUUUUGGAUCCUUGUGAUUUGAAGAGACCCAUGCAGGAUCAUCAAGGUGGGCCUGCAGAGCAGCCAGCAAAGAGACCUCGGGUGGAGAAUUUGUCACCGCAUGAUCGGGCCUCUGUACACAGCAAGGGUCUGGUUGAAGUGGGUGUUGUGGAAGAUGGGGAAGAGGUUGAACUGAGUAAUGAUUUGAACUCCAAGAGAGGUCCUCUUCAGGCUCCACUUGGGAUACCAUUCUGUCCUGCUAGUGUCGGUGGGGCACGGAGAUCUGUACCAUUGGUAACUAUUUCUAGCACUGAUAGCUUUAGAAGUAACUGUGAUGAUGGUGAGCUAUGUCAUACUGAGGCCUUGAAGAAAUGGAUGGAAAAAAUAUCCGAGUCACAGGGCUUGGGAGGGGUGACGAUGGAAUGUGCUAGUUUAUUGAAUAAUGGGUUACAUGCUUACCUGAAGAACCUGAUUAUGUCAUGUGUUGACCUAGUAGGAGCAAGGUCAGGACGUGAAUCAAUAAAGCAUCCGGUCUACAAGCAGCAACCAGUAGUGAAGCCUAUCAAUGGCUUUUGGCCAGGAAAUCACAUGCAUGUACAGAGUAGUGGUGGGUCUUCAGAGGGUACACAUGGUUUAAGAAACUUGUCUUCAAUAUCUCUACAGGAUUUUAGGAUAGCUAUGGAGCUAAAUCCACUACAGCUUGGUGAAGACUGGCCAUUGCUGCUUGAGAAAAUAUGCCUCCAUUCAUUUGAAGAAUAAUGCAGAUCCUUGUCAAGUUUUCUGGAUCUAUGAAAUUGUUGUUGGGUAGAUCUCUAACAGCCUCAAGGGGUGGCCUUUGGGCCAGUCUGAACAUAACUGAACUCAGAUUAAUGGCUCUCCACUCUGGUAAAGUUCAUCAGAGGUUAGAAACAAAAUUGCUGUAAAGUCAUGGGCCUGCUUGAAGAUCAUAUUUCUUUAAUCAGUCCAUCUGAAGGAAUGGUUUUUCUUUUUCUUUUUUUAAAAAAAAUUAUCCCCUUGUUUGGUGCAUUCGUUGUAUGUGUUAGCAUCCAUGAGGGGGAUAUCUUCCACCAUAUCCAGAGAUCUCAAGCCAUUACAUAAUUUGCAGCAAAUGUGGAGGAAAU